AAGGCGCGUGCAUUAAAUGCGUGAAAUAUAGUUGAAGCCUAUAAAACUUUGAACAAGAAACCAUGCACGUGAUUGGGCAAUAGUUGUAAAGAGAUCGAACUGUCCCUCCCAAAACAAUGACCAUUGUUCUCAAGUAAUUUAGCUUUUCUUUUCAUUUAAGGCUUUUAUUUUUAUAGUACAAAAUAAAUAGUAAGAAGAAGAAGAACAAGUAAGACAGCUAGCUAUAGCUUCAUGCAAAUGGAUAUGAAUAUCAGCUGAUUAUUGUGGGCGUCCAUUUAUGUAAUCAAUGUGGCCAACGGGUAGUAGUUGAACUACUAUUUAAUGACAAAACUCAUAAAUAAACUUUUUUUAUUAUUUAUUUGCUUUUUUCUUUAGUAGUAUAAAUAUACAAGUUAAUUUUUAUGGUCCUCUUCAUCGAUUGACCAACUAUCUCUAUAGUUCAAGAAAAUUAUGGCUCGUGGGGAGUGGUGGAGAAAUGUUGCAUUGUUAUCAUUGCUUUGUUUUAAUGUUUUUCUAGUGAGUGUGAGUGGGAGGAAUGUUGUUUCUCUUAGGAAGGAUGAUGUUGAAGAGAAGAAGUUCUUAGGUCUUGGGAAGGGAGGAGGGUUUGGUGCUGGAUUUGGUGGCGGUUCUGGUGGUGGUUUUGGAGGUGGAGGUGGAGCUGGUGGUGGUGGUGGUAGUGGUGGAGGAUUCGGAGGUGGUGCUGGUGGUGGUAGUGGCUUUGGAGGUGGGUCUGGGGGAGGAUUUGGUGGCGGUGCUGGUGGAGGUGGAGGUGGAGGUGGUGGUGGUGGUGGUGGAGGAGCUGGUGGAGGUUUUGGUAAGGGUGGUGGAGUUGGAGUUGGAGGUGGUUUUGGUAAAGGUGGGGGAAUUGGUGGUGGUGGAGGUGCUGGCGGUGGUGCUGGUGGAGCUGGUGGAGCUGGUGGUGGCAUUGGAAAAGGUGGUGGAGUUGGAGCUGGAGGUGGUUUUGGUAAAGGUGGGGGAAUUGGUGGUGGUGGAGGUGCUGGCGGUGGUGUCGGUGAAGGUGGAGGUGGUGGAGUUGGUGGCGGCAUUGGAAAAGGGGGUGGAGUAGGAGUUGGAGGUGGUUUUGGAAAAGGUGGUGGUGGUGGUGUUGGUGGAGGCAUUGGAAAGGGUGGUGGAGUUGGUGGAGGCAUCGGAAAGGGUGGUGGCAUAGGAGGAGGACAUGGGAAAGGUAGUGGGAUUGGGGGUGGUAUUGGAGGGGGACACGGAAAAGGAGGAGGAUUUGGUAAAGGUGGCGGAAUUGGAGGCAGUGUUGGAGGGGGACAUGGUAAAGGUGGUGGCUUUGGUGGAGGCAUUGGGAAAGGCGGUGGAAUAGGUAAAGGUGGAGGAGUCGGGGGUGGUAUUGGUAAAGGUGGUGGCUUUGGUGGAGGUAUUGGAAAAGGUGGAGGAGUUGGAGGUGGAAUCGGUAAAGGUGGUGGAGUUGGCAAAGGCGGCGGCUUUGGUGGAGGCAUUGGAAAGGGUGGAGGUGGCGGAGUUGGAGGUGGAAUUGGUAAAGGUGGAGGUGGUGGCAUUGGAGGUGGAAUCGGUAAAGGUGGUGGAGUUGGUGGUGGUAUUGGUAAAGGUGGUGGCUUUGGUGGUGGUAUUGGAAAGGGCGGAGGGGGCGGAAUUGGAGGUGGUAUUGGUAAAGGUGGGGGCGGUGGAAUUGGAGGUGGAAUCGGUAAAGGUGGUGGAAUUGGUGGUGGGAUCGGUAAAGGUGGCGGUUUUGGCGGAGGUAUUGGAAAAGGUGGUGGUGGUGGAAUUGGGGGCGGAUUUGGUAAAGGUGGCGGCUUUGGAGGAGGAGGUGGAUUUGGUAAAGGUGGGGGUAUUGGAGGAGGAGGUGGAUUCGGUAAAGGUGGAGGCUUUGGAGGUGGUGGUGGAUUCGGUAAAGGUGGUGGUUUUGGAGGAGGAAGUGGAUUUGGUGGUGGAGCAGGUGGAGGUGGAGGUGGCGGAUUUGGUGGUGGGUUCGGUGGUGGCGGCGGUGGCGAUAUUGGCCACCACUAAGUUAAAAUUUAAUGUAUUUAUUAGUGAUUGCAUGCCAAAGAUGUGGACAACAAAAUUUGAGAGUUCUAGUACAAUGUCAAUUGUCAUUUUUAAUUUCAUGAUGGAUUUGCAUUUAGUAAUAAUCAAGUUCAACUUAGAUUCUUGUAUUUCUCUUAUUAAUGUAUUUAUACAGAGAAAAGGUGAUGAAGAUAUGUACAAGUUGAUAUCUCUUAAUGAAUGAUUGAUUUAUUUAUUUUUGCA